AUGCGACUGCUCAACACCAAGACAUAUAGCAUCACCGAAUUCUUCGAGGCCAACAUCCCCAGAUAUGCCAUUCUCUCUCACACCUGGGGGUCCGGAGAGGUGACAUAUCAGGACAUAGUCCAGUCGGUAGAGCAAGCGCGGGAAAGGAAGCCUCAGGGAUUUGCCAAAGUCGAGGGCGCGUGUGCGCUUGCAUAUGCCGAGGGAUUCGACUACAUAUGGAUUGAUACCUGCUGCAUCGACAAGACGAGCAGCGCUGAGCUGUCCGAGGCUAUCAAUUCCAUGUAUGCGUGGUACCGGGAAUCGUCGAUAUGCUACGCGAACUUUAGUGAGGUUGAAUUCGGGGCAUCCCGCUGGUUUACGAGGGGAUGGACGCUACAAGAGCUCAUUGCGCCAUCAGACGUCGCUUUUUAUUCUGGAGAUUGGCACUGUCUCGGAAGGAAAUCUUUUCACAAAGACGUGAUAUCCAGAAUCACGGGCAUCGACGUGAGCAUUCUCGCCGGGGCCGAUCCAUCCCUCAUCGCCGUAGCACGCAAGAUGUAUUGGGCCUCCAGCAGAACGACGACCAGAAUCGAAGACAUGGCGUAUUGUUUAAUGGGCUUAUUCUCCGUCUCCAUGCCUCUCAUCUACGGCGAGGGGAAAAAGGCUUUCCUUCGGCUUCAGGAGGAAAUCAUCAAGACUGUUGACGACCAGUCCAUCUUUGCGUGGCAGCUACGGAAGCCGAGUUCUCCUGGGCCAGCCUUUUACGGACUCCUGGCCGACUCCCCGAGUGCCUUUGAGUAUACUGGUGGAAAUGUCUCCCCAUUUGUAUCAAGUCACUCUUCUACGCAGGCGACACGUAUCAUUAAUAACACUCUGCAGACUACACUGAUGAUCCAGAACAAGGUAAUGCAGGGUGUCCACUAUGCUGGCUUUGGUAAACUGCCGUCUGGUCCCCUGUCAAACUAUCGUCGGGCUGUCCUUGGCUGCAGGUAUGGCUUCUCAGGAGAUUCUUCGCCUUGCAUUGAGCUGUGGUGUCUGGACGAGGAACAGUCCCAGUUUGCGAGAAUUCGGCCUUGGAAUCUCUUUAGGGAACAGGCACCGUCCAUUUCCCCUCCCUUGCGAGUGAAUUCGCUAUCUAAAAUCCCGUCUCUCUUGUACGAGGUGCCUCUAUACUUUGGCACCAUCUCCAUGGACUUGCUUCUAAAUCGUGCGCCGUGGGAGUACAAACAGAUCACUGUCUCUCACAACCCUCGGGAAUUCAUACCGUUUGGCUUCCGCCUUCAAUAUCUAAGCUACAAGAUUGGAACCCGCGAAGGCUAUCCAGCUGAUCGAUGGCACGGCAACGACCGGGUGUUACAGCGAGCUUACCACCACAGAAACGGCCCUCAGCAGAAUACUUCGUCAACUUCCCAGCCAAAUGUCGUGUAUUACAACGAUCCCAAGAGGAAUGUCCACGUCGCCCGUGUCACAGAAGGCGCCGUGCGUGUCAUUUUCAAAGAAAAGUCGUUCAAAGGGUGGUGCUUAUUACAUGCCCUUGUCCUGGGGAUGGACAUAAUCCAUGAUGAACGGGGGGAUUGGGAACGAAAACCGUGGUGCCGCAUCGUGGAACUUGAGCCGUGGAUGCAGGUGGACGAAUACAAAUAUGAGUUUGACUGGAACGAAGGAGAGAGUAGCAAGAUUAAAUGCUCGUCGCACGACGCCUUGUUGCUGGCAAAGGUCAUUAUGCUGCCUGGCGAUGAGUUGUAUACCGUUCAGCUGAAUGCUGCUAACAUGAAUGAGUUGGCGUAUUGGUGGCCAUGGUGA